AUGGAUAAAAAAUGUAUUGCCGUACUGCCCUGCCCAGGCCCCGUGGCGGAGGUGACGGCGGUGGCCGGCGGUAACGCGGCGCUGCCCUGCGCUGUGGACGGCGGACGCGACGACCAGACCAUCAUGGUGCUGUUCUACCGUGGCCACAGCGGCACUCCUAUAUACAGGAGUAGUUUAAGAGUUGACUUCAGAUCUUCCAGGUCUAGAAACAAGAUCGUCAAACUGACGAUAGUGGAGCCGCCGCGGAGUGUGAAGAUUUUUGAGGAAGGCGUACCAACCCCCCGGGGCAGCUCGGGGGGCAGCGUGGGGCUGGUGGGGCCUUACAUGGAGGGGGACGUGGUGAGCCUGCGGUGUGAGGUCUUAGGAGGUAUCCCUUACCCGGCGGUAAGUUGGUGGUACCGGGGCGUACCAGUUCCCUCAAGUGGCACCUCACGUAAGGGUGAAGUGUCAAGUACCAGCCUUGACUUGCCGAGCCUGGCUCGCCGAGACCUGAAGUCUGAAGUUAUGUGCCAAGCACUGAACACCAACACCACUGAACCUCUCUCCGCGUCAGUGCUGAUCGACAUAACGUUAACGCCGCUGCGGGUUGAGAUGAAAGGUUUAUCGUCCCCCCUGGUUGAGGGGGUGGCCACCACCCUGGAGUGCGAGAGCGUUGGUUCGCGACCACCCGCUACCAUAACAUGGUGGUGGGAUGACGCACCCCUCCACCACUCUGCUGAUGCUACCAACCUAGUCGUCAACCAGAAUUUCGAUGACGGUAACGUCACUCGCGCAACUCUGACGAUCACGCCGCAGUUGUCAGACGAGGGCGCUGUGGUGACGUGCAAAGCUCGGAACUCCAGGCUGGAUCACAAAGAUCUGGAGGAUCAUGGAUCUAUCACAGUGCACUUUUCUGACGUUUACUUCGAGUGCGACAUUUCUGCCAACCCAAAGUCCUUCAAAGUGUCCUGGCUUCACAACGGUGAGGAACUGCACCACAACGUCACGUCUGGCGUCAUCCUAAGCAACCAGUCGCUGGUGCUUCAGCGCCUACGUCGUCAGGCGUCCGGCGCCUACGUCUGCGCUGCCGCCAACGCCCUGGGACUCGGACACUCCGAGCCUGUCAACAUGAUCGUCAAAUAUUCCCCGGUCUGUCGGACACGAGAACCUAGCGUCAAAGGAGCGGCCAAACUCGAGCGACUCAACGUCACCUGUGAAGUAGAAGCAUAUCCUGCGGCAACAUCCUUCAGGUGGGCAUUUAACACGUCAGCAGAGGUGGUCUCCAUAGACCCUGGCCGCAUCGAAGCGGUGAGCGGAGACCUGCGAGACGUGGCCUACACGCCUCGCUCACAGCUCGACUACGGCUCACUGCUCUGCUGGGCUACCAACGCUGUCGGCCAGCAGAGGGUGCCUUGUGUCUUCCAUAUCAUACACACCGCCGUUCCAGAGCCUGUGCACAACUGCUCAGUCUCGGAAGUGAGCCGCACGUCAGCAACGGUGCGGUGUCAGGCGGGCUGGGACGGCGGUCUACCUCAGACCUUCACGCUUUCCGUCAGUCAAGACAGUCCGCCUGACGCCAGCCCCAGCGCCAACUCCAGCAGCUCGGCGCCCAGAGUUCUGGCCAACACCUCGAGUUCCCCGAAGGCUGAGUUCUCGGUCACGGGGCUGGACCCCGGCAAGGAGUAUGCGCUCACUGUGUCCGCCGUGAACGCGCGUGGUGGUAGCGCUCCUGUGCGCAUUGUGCUUGAGACGCUCGAGGAUAAGGCCCAGAAAAGAACCAGUCUUGGGGCAGGCGUGGUGGUAGCGGUGGUAUCACUGCUACUGUCGUGCGUGGUGGUCGUGGUGGUCAUCAAAGCCCGGCGAUCGUCACGCACAAAACCUCGACGGAAUUCGACCCGAGAAAAAAAUGAUGGUUUUUCGAUGAGCAACCAAACUGAGCCUUCAGACACCACCUACCUGGACACUGCAGGGUCUAGUCCUGACGUCAUCCCGUACACUAAUUUGCCAACCCCACCGAGAGCCCCUGCUGUGUCCUCAAGUCUCACGUUCAACCAAUUAUCAUUACUGGAUGUCGAACACCACCACCACCACCACCACCAUCACAACCUCUACAACCAUAACACUCCACAUCAAGACAUCACAGCUCAGCAUACCAGAAUUGGAUCCCUGCCUCGAUCUGGCAAAACUCCGCGGGGUUAUUAUACCUCAGAUCAAUUCCAACAUCACAGAGUGUGUGGUGCUCAGACUCAAAAAUCCCACUCAAGUAUGCACAGUUUGCUCCAGAUUGAUGAACGAUCUCGAGCAGCUUUCUUGGACUUGGAUUUAACGAGAUCCAGCGAAGCAGAUCCUGUUUCGUCUGAUGGUCCUGCUGUGAGCCAUUUGUCUGCAAUCAGCGAUACGGCUGAUGACCCUCGAGAUAAAGAGGUCAUGUCAUCAAAGGACCGUCAAGGAGUAUUACCUCGGAAGGUUCCACUCAAACAUCAGCAGGUGGACAUGGCGGUCUGGAGGCAAGGCAGAUUUAGUCCUGCUCUGCAAGACAACACUCAAGAGGUGCCUUUCUCUCCAUCUUCCGCCUCGAGUUUGCCUACCGGACAAAACAAGAAGGAUCCUGAAAGCCAAACUCCAGCUCUUUCAUCGGCUUCAAGUGCCGCUAUGAAGUCCGUUGAAUUUCAGAGGACGGAAAAUAAUGCAAUAAAUUCAUCGGUUCCUUCUACAGUAAAAUCUUUUAAUGGUUUAACAGAUUCACUUGAGAUUGGAGUAUCUUAUCAUCUGCCUCCACUGCAAGAAGAUAUUAAUUUUGACGGCAGAGUGUACAGUAAGAACGAAACUUUCUUCUCGCCACCUCCCAUGUUUUCUAACUCGUCCCCUCCAUUUGUGAUGCCUCAAACUGCUCAAGAUAUUUCGUCGGUGGGUGGAGCCACUGUAGACGAAACGCUCAAGUGUGACAGGCUUAAGAAUAGACAAAUAAGUGAUGGUAAACCUUCAUGGCGGGGCGCGAGUAACGUAAUGGGCUCAGGCAGCGUUAAAAUUGCUUCGCCUGAAUUAUUAUGUAAACAAAGAGGACAGAAAAGCCCGAAAUCUUUCAUUAAAAAAGAAAGUUCCGUGUGAAGUUACGGCAGCUGUCUACGAUAUAUAUUUUAAAAAGAAUGCAUUCCAUAUUAAUUUAAGUGGGGCAGCAAAAUUCGACAUUUUUGAAAAUUUAUUUAAUGAAUUCAUAAUCAAAUCAAGGAGAGCGCUAUUUGAUGUAAGUGGUGAAUCAUUCGAAAUAGUUUCAAGUUAUACAAUACCUGCGUAAUAAUGACAUAAAAAGUUAUUAAUUUUUUCAUUAAUUAAUCAAAAUAAAUGAUAUCUCAGAUUGCCCAUGUAGAAAUUAGAAUAAUUUCUUGUUAUCUGAGGUUUAUCAUUUAUUCCUUUAUGACAGUAAAUUUACGACUAAAUUUGAACACACUAAAUCAUAAAUACCCUAGCUCAUAAUUUUAUAAGUAUGUUGUUAAUCUGUGUGUGCGUGCAAUGAAUACACAAGUUGUUAGUGUAUUUGUAUGCUCGUUAAUAUUUGUAUGCGGUGAAUAUUUUUGGAACUGAUGAAAAUAUCUAUCUCAUAUGAUGCCACAGUUCGAUGUCAUAUUUAGUCUAAUAUUUCAGUAAAUGCUUACUCAUAAUAGACAUAAAGCUGGUAUCCAGUUCAUAUGUAUUCAAUAAUUUAAAUAUGAUGUAAAUUAUUUUAAAUUUGCGUUGGUUACCUAUUUAAAUAUUUGCAUUGAUUGAUAUAUUAGUACAUAUGAUGAUUGGAAACACGACUAAGGACUAAAUACGCAAAUAGAUUUCCAUUAACAGAAAGCACAUUGGAACUACAUUAAUUAUUCGUACCAAGGACUUGCAUUCAAUUAAUUUUUUGUAAACUACAUGUAACUUGAGAA